AUGAGUGGGACAGCAGUCCACCUUGCCCCACAACGGGGGGGUUUUGGCUGUCGCACCGGGCGAACAAGCAAUCCAUCCUCCGGAAGUCCUGGCCUACGGCUGAGGCAUGUCCUGUGGAAAUGUCCUGGCUUUAUUCCAUGGGGUAACAACAUCCAUCCGGCAUCUGGGCAUUUCACGGUCCUUCCUCCGCUGGGCGCGGGAGUCCAUCUGGGCAAGGCUGGCCAUGCAAAAAGCAAACGCUGGGAUCCAUAG